GAGGAAUGUGAGCAGUGUGGUUGUACCUGUAAAUCCAGAGAGUCGGAACCUGCACAUAUAACCACAACAGCACUCACAAAUGUGGAACUGAAAGGAAUAUUGUGGUUCUGAAGAAAGCAUAGAAAAGCCAGGUAUGACGUCCGGUAAAAGAUGUGUGAGACAAAAUCACUGAUGAACUGGGCGACCUUUUGUCUUCUACUGGUGGUUGUAUUGCUAUUGUGUCGUGACCCAUUUUUAAUUCUCUGGUGGCCACAGAAUCCUGCAGAGGACACUAUGAAUGCUGUUUUACCUCUGGAUAUGGCGACGGAUUCCGUUGACGACAUGUUCGACGGCUGCCGAUCGGAUGCAGCCGCCGUGAUCGACUUGUUUGGCGUGUUUGAGUGGCACAUCAACGGGCGCUUCAGUUUUGCAUGGGCUUUAGCUGAAAGGAAAGUAAAAAAACCUGUGCGCAAGCCUUUGAAAGAAGACCACGCUGUAGUUCUGCACAUAUACACCAGAGAGAAACUUAAACAUGACUUCAACAGAGCAGUGAAAAAAGGGAAGAACUUAUACAACACGGCUGGAUUCAAGUUUCACUACUUCUACUUUUACCUCAUUGACGCCAUUCAAGUUUUGCGUCAAAAUCAGACAAAGUGCAGAACAACGUAUUACAGAACUGGACGAUAUUUUCACCACAGCGUCAUCAACACAAAAAUGCGUUUUGGUUCUUUUAUCUGGGCAACUUCGAGCAAAAAUUCACCUCAGUUUACUGGUAAUAUUUCUUGUUUUGAAAUAUACACAUGCUUUGGUGCUGAUAUAACAAAUUACUCUGCGAUAAAACAACAGGGUCAGACGCUGAUUCCUCCUUAUGAGGUUUUCCAGAUCACAGAUAUUUUGACGAAAGAGAAGUGGUGCAGCAAUGUCUACAAACUACGGAGCACCGAAACACCAAAGAGCGACUUAAACUGUAAACUAAACAAAAAACAGAUAAAGAAAUAUUUGGGAUUUUUUCCGACAAACUGGCACCCAAGCAUUAGUCUGAUGAUGUCAAUAUGUAUAACACUGCUGUUAAUAAGUUCUUUAGUCCUUAUUAAACGUAGACAGAAGAGCUUUGUGGCUGUAGUGCUGGGCGCCCUGAUGGUGGUGAUUACUCUUAUUAUCACACUGAGAAUUAUGAUGGAUUAGAUUUAUAUAGCACAUUGGAGGCAAAGAGGGGGAAGUGUCUUGCCCAAGGACACAACAGCACAUGACUAGGACAGAGUGGGAACCGCCAACCCUUUAUUAUUGGGCAACCCACUUUACUUCCUGAGCCACGGCCGCCCACACAGAAUUAUAAACAUAAAAUAAACAGUAUAUGCAGCUGGUGGUGUUGGAGCUACAAUAAAUAAAACUAAAUAAAACAAUAAAUAGAUAAAUUCCUGAACUUUUAAUUGUAAUUUGAAUCAAAGUUUAGUUAUUGAAAGAAUGUCAGAAUUAUCAGGCAUUUUUGUUGCUAAAAUUUCAGUAAAAAUUGAAUUGAAAAAAUUGAAUUCAAGCGUCUUAUAGCUAGACAUCAGAAAAGUGUUGAUUUUCCAUUUUUGAAUUCAUGGAUUGCUGAACUCUCCUCCUGCAUAACUAUCGAAAAGCUCACGUACACAAUUAAACGGAAAACUCAUAUCUUCCACAAGAUAUGGAAUUCAUUUCUCAAAUUUUUUAGAAUCAAGACCUGAUAUCUCAUCAUCAUAACUUAUAAAGUGAGACCAUACCCCCCUUGUUUGUUUGU